AGAGGCGCAACAUGCGCAACUUCCUAGUCAUAUGAUCGAUCUGAGGCAGAGAUCACCUCAUCGUUCGUCGCAAAGAUGGCCAGCCAGACGGAAGGUAUUCAGCAGCUCUUAGCGGCGGAAAAACGGGCCGCCGAGAAAGUAUCCGACGCGAGAAAACGCAAGGCUCGCAGGCUCAAGCAAGCUAAGGAAGAGGCUCAAGACGAGAUCGAGAAAUACAGACAGGAGCGUGAGAAGCAGUUCCGCGAAUUCGAGGCCAAGCACAUGGGGUCCAAGGAGGAUGUCGCUGCUCGUAUCGAAGCUGAUACUAAGGUCAAGAUUGAGGAAAUGAAUCGUGCAGUUGCCAUCCACAAGGAUCCGGUAAUGCUAAAGAUUUUGGAGCUGGUUUACGACAUCAAGCCGGAGUUGCACAAGAAUUAUCGCGUUGAAGCCUAAACAAAAAGUAAAAGAAAAAAAAACUCCGACAUCCAAUAAUUAUAAAUACUAUAUUCUAUAUUAUACAUGUACAUUAAAUCUUAUAAACUAUACACACACAUAUAUAUAUACGCAUAUAUCUUAUGUAUAAUGUAUCUAUCAAUCGGUCAUUCUAUUGUAUUUAAACCAGAAAAACAGUUUACUGUUUAGCUUUAGAUGGUGAUACUCAAACUUACGAUUAGAAAAAUGAAAAAGAAAAGUCCUAAAGAAACAAAGGAAUGAAGGAAAGAAUACAAAAGAAGGAAUUAUGUUACAGCCAUAAUCCUAUGUACUGGUCGAAUCGACAAUAAGUAAUAACCGUUGCGUUGUGUUAAUAUCGUUAAUGAUCCGUUAUACAUUAGCUUUCGUUGAACAGUUUGAGAAUCGCUGUAGGUGUAUUGUAAUGAAAUAUUUAAAUGUAACGUACGAACCUCUCGCGGCAAGGCCUAGGCGCGAAAGGUUUAAACUUAGCACGUAAGAUUUAAAGAAAUUGAAUUAAGGUGGUGGCUAACAAUGUAUCGUUAAUCGUAGUAGAUGUCAUUCCAUGUUUCUGUCACCUCGAGGACAAAAAAUAUUAAUUUAACGCCACUGUACGUCCUCUCAGAGACCCUGAAAAGUUCGCUCCCAACUAUAUUUGGGUCCCUACGACGACGUACAAGCGUCAAAAAUCGAUUCGUUUAACCUUUUAAAAUGAAAACUUUAUCGCGUAAGAGAAUAGUAGCCCUACCUCAAAUGUACACCUUAUCUCUGUUGUAAGCUGGCUGGCUGACUGUACAGUAUUAGUGUUCAAUAUAAUGAUAAUAA